GCAAGCAAAGCGAGGCAACGAGUGACUGUAGUGUAGUUGAUCAUUUUCCCUUCACACAUGUAUCAUUUCUUCAACAACUCACACAAAAGAAGGUUUCUUUAGUACAAUAGCUGCUCAAUUGUUGAAGCAUUGCAACACACAGUGACACUGUGUGAUUGUGAUUGUGUGUGUCAAUAUCAUAUAUCAUAACAUUUGCUAGCUUAUACUAAUUGUUACAACAACAAAAUAAAUAAAAAUGGAGACACACGGUGAGAUAAGGGUGUCAAAGUUCAAGAGGGUUUGUGUGUUCUGUGGUAGUAGCCCUGGCAAGAAGAGAAGCUAUCAAGAUGCUGCCAUUGAGCUUGGCAAUGAAUUGGUCUCAAGGAACAUUGAUCUGGUGUAUGGAGGAGGAAGCAUUGGUUUAAUGGGUUUGGUUUCACAAGCUGUUCAUGAUGGUGGUCGGCAUGUCAUUGGAGUUAUUCCCAAGACGCUCAUGCCUCGAGAGCUAACUGGUGAAACAGUGGGAGAAGUAAAGGCUGUAGCGGAUAUGCACCAAAGGAAGGCAGAGAUGGCCAAACAUUCAGAUGCCUUUAUUGCCUUACCAGAAAAAGACAACAUGGUUGAAAUUAAAAGCAAACAAAAAAAUUCUAAAUCAUCAUCUCAAUCAUGGAUGUUACAUGCAGGUGGUUAUGGGACUCUAGAGGAGCUUCUUGAAGUCAUAACCUGGGCUCAACUUGGGAUCCAUGACAAGCCGGUGGGAUUAGUAAAUGUUGAUGGAUACUUCAAUUCAUUGCUGUCAUUUAUUGACAAAGCUGUGGAAGAGGGAUUUAUUAGUCCUAAUGCCCGUCACAUAAUUGUAUCAGCACCAACAUCAAAAGAGUUAGUAAAGAAAUUGGAGGAUUAUGUUCCCUGUCACGAAAGUGUUGCUUCUAAGUUAAGCUGGCAGAUGGAACAAGAGCUUGCUUAUCCUGAAGAGUAUGACAUCUCAAGGUAGCUGAGUUUGCUUCAUGUUAAUGGAAGAUGAGAUUAGAUAGAAUUUUGGAGGUGAAAGAAGCUAGUGUGGAAUAUCAGUAUUCUGUUUUUUGUUUUUCCCUUUUUUCAGAAAAGAAAUUUCUUUUGUAAAGUACUGGGAUUGACCUGAAUAUGUGAAAUUACUUUCUUCCCUUCUUGUGAAACUGAUUUCCUUUUAAGUUGUAAGUACUAGGGGCUUCUGAACUUAUUACUCAAU